AUGGCUAAGCUAGCUCUGCCAGGGGAGAUUUCAAUGUUGGUGAAUGGACAGAAAGCUUGGUGUGUGGCAAAGCCAGCAGCACCACAACAAGCACUGCAGUCAACUCUGGACUAUGCCUGUAACUAUGCAGAUUGCAGCCCUACAAAGAAAGGAGGUUCUUGGUAUGACCCGGAUAGGCCAGUGCACCGUGCCUCAUUUGCCAUGAAAAUGGUUCCUAUGGGCAUUGAUGAAGGCUCGCCUAUCCCUUCUUCUGUCAAUUCUCAAACCUCUCAAAAUUCUAUCCUUUCCAUGUCAGCCACAAUUCCACCCUCCUUCAAUAUCUCCCACAUAUUCAAUACACCUAUGGAUCGUAACAAUUUCCUCUCUUGGAGAUGGCAAUUUCUUGAUGUCCUGGAAAUCCACGACUUUGAGGAUGUCGUGAAGAAUGAAAAUCGUCCUGCUAAAAGGCUUGAGGAUGGCUCAGUCAACCCCACCUAUGCCAAGGACAAAUUAGUUCUCAGCUGGAUAAAAGCAACCGCACCUCCCUCGAUCAAAACCCUCCUAAUCGCUUGCACUUCAGCAUACUAA